CCCCCCUUGACCCCUCCAUGGGGUCCCCCCGUUGUCCCAUCUGUGGGGUUCCUCCUUGUCCUCCUUCACGGAGUCCCCCCUUGUCCCCACUUUGGGGUCCCUCUUUGUCCCCAUCUGUGGGGUCCCCCACUGUCCUCCUCCAUGGGGUCUCCCCUUUUCCACCACCUUGGGAUUCCCCCCCUUGUCCCCUCCAUGGGGUCCUCCCUUGUCCCCCACUUUGGAGUCCCUCUUUCUCCCCCAUCCAUGGAGACCCCCCCUUGUCCCUCUCCUUGGGGCUGGGGAGGGGACAAAGCAAGGACAAAGGAGGAGUCCCGGUCUCCCGGUACCUCCAAGGGGUGCAGCCCCGCGCCCCGACACCCCCCGGGGAGGUGGAAUGGAGGGAGGGGGGGGGGUUCGUCCCCGGUGCAACCCCGGAGCCCCACGGCCUCCGCCUCCCGAUUCCGGCACUGCGAUCGAUUCCGCCGUUCCCUGCAGCCCCGCUCCGCCCCCCCGCGGCCUUCCCCGGACCCUGCAGGUGAUGGUGGAACCCCCCAAUUUCUCAUGGGUGGCAGAGGGGAGGCUGGCAGGGCUGGGAAUGCCACGAGAGCCGGGUCAUUACCGUUUCCUGCUGGGCCGGGGCGUGAGGCAUCUGGUGUCACUGUCUGAAAGGGCCCCCCCACAUCACGGCUGCUGCCCCGCACUGCAGCUCCACCGAUUCCGUGUGCCUGACUUCACCCCACCAACACCCGGACAGAUCCAGAGCUUCCUGCAGCUGGUGGAGGAAGCCAACGGCCGUGGGGAGGCAGUGGCUGUGCACUGCAUGCUGGGGUACGGCCGGACGGGCACCAUGCUGGCCUGCUACCUGGUGAAGACACAGAAAAUGAGCGGCAGCGACGCCAUCCGUGAGAUCCGCAGGCUGCGGCCAGGCUCCAUCGAGACACGGGAGCAGGAGCAAGCUGUCAUGGAGUUCCACCAGCGCUUCGGUGCUGGAGAGGACAGCAGGGAGGUGUGACUGUGAGCAACUACAAGCAGUGCGUGCUAGAUGGAGGUGAGAUGUUCCCUGUGAAGCUUUGCCCAUCAUGGUUGUGCCAGUGUUUGUCUUGUUGCCAUUAAAGGACUUCCUUCUGCUCCUCUCCACUUCUGUCUGGGGAACCAAAUGGCCACCAGAGAUCCCCACCUCCACCAUGUCCCACCAUUGCUCCACGUUGACCCGCUGCCAUCCCCCAAGCCACGCUCCUCAGCCUUCAUCCCAAGCAUCACCGCUUGGAACCCAACAUUGGCACCCCAAAAUUGGGGAUCCCGUGUCACAAGGCUCUGAGACUCAGCCUGCCAUCCCCAGAGCUGGUCAACAGCCAACGCAGUGACGCAACACGGAGGGUAACAGCAGCGUCAGCUCCCCAGGGCCGUCCCGGGACGUGGAUGCUUAAACGGAAGCUUAGACGGAAUUUAGGCAUCUCCGUUCCAAAAGUCCAAUCCUGAAAAUCUCUUCUCAGCUGUUCCUAACCUUGGUGGCAUUUAAAUCCUAAGUGCAAGAAGC